UGCAUUUGUACAUUAUGACUAUUACAAACCGUCCCCUUAACUGGAGAAAAAACUUUGGACAUGGGGAGUUAGAAUUGGUGGGUUCACCCACCCAUCCUGUCAAAGAAUGAGGAAAACGUAGCUUCUGCUCAUUACACUGACAUUCACACGAACAUUCACACACAGAGGAAGCAAACAAGACGGCAUCAGGCUCAACAUCUCUGACCUCUCAUAUGGGGAUGUUUCUGCCUCCUAUUUGGGCAGUAUUGACUGUCCUCACAGCACUUUCUAUAGCUUCGGGCUCAAACAUAUGUACUUCCAGAGGAGUCGGAACGUGCAAAGAAUGUCUGUCCAUUCAUCCGUCUUGCACUUGGUGUUCUCAGAAAAACAUGGCUUCCAACAGCUCCAGUGUUUCCCGUUGUAACCAAAAGUCCAUCUUGCUUGAGUCUGGAUGUAAACCACAGUUUAUUGAAUCUCCAGUCAGUAGCAUUGUAGUGGAAGAGGACCGUCCUGUUAGUGACCAUGCUCAUGGCUCAGCUGGUGACAUCACUCAGAUUCAACCACAGCGUAUCCGUCUGACAUUAAGGCCAGAUGAUUCGAAGCGUUUUAAGGUGACCGUUCGGCAGGUGGCUGAUUACCCUGUAGAUCUCUACUACCUGAUGGAUUUGUCCUAUUCUAUGGCAGAUGACUUGAGCAACCUCCGCUCCCUUGGCAGUGAGCUGGCUAAAGCUAUGGGUAGUACCACCAGUAACCUGCGCAUGGGGUUUGGGGCAUUUGUGGAUAAAACACUCUCCCCAUACAUGUACAUGUUUCCAGCUGAGGCCAUAAGCAACCCAUGUCUUAGGGGUUUCAAGACGCCCACUACCUGCUCGCCGCAAUUUGGUUAUAAGAACAUCCUUUCACUGACAGAGCAGGUGGAUCGGUUCACAGAGGAAGUGAAAAAACAGCAAGUAUCAAGGAAUAGAGACUUGCCAGAAGGAGGAUUUGAUGCCAUCAUGCAGACUGUGGUCUGCAAGGAUAAAAUUGGGUGGCGGCCUGACGCAUCCCACCUGCUGGUGUUUACUACAGAUGCUGCAAGCCACACAGCAUUGGACGGCAAAAUCGCAGGCAUUGUCCAGCCCAAUGAUGGAAAAUGUUACACCGACAACAACAACAUCUAUGACAAGACUACUAUACUGGACUAUCCCUCCAUUGGAAUGCUCACUGACAAACUGACUGAGAAUAAUAUCAACCUUAUCUUUGCUGUAACUGAGGAUGUGAUACCGCUGUAUCUUAAUUACAGUAAGUUGAUUCCUGGUACCACUGUUGGGAAACUGUUCAAGGACUCGAAAAAUGUCAUCGAACUCAUCCUGGAUGCGUACGCGAAUAUCAGGUCAAAGGCAGAACUGGAGGUGUUGGGUGUUCCAGAUGAGCUGGACUUAUCGUUUAAUGCCACAUGCCUCAAUGGACAGGUAGUGCCCGGCGUUAAAUCCUGCUCAGGACUUAAAAUCGGAGACACAGUAUCAUUCACUGUAGAGGCAACUCUUCGUGGCUGUCCUAAAGAGAAGAGUCAUACAUUCAUCAUCAAGCCUCUGGGCUUUAAGGAUACACUGCAGGUGACGGUGGAUUUUGCAUGCAACUGUUCAUGUCAAGAUUCUGCUCAGCCUGCUAGUCCGGCCUGUCAUAACGGUAAUGGCACGCUGGAGUGCGGGGUGUGUCUGUGUGACCCGGGACGUCUCGGACCACAUUGCGAGUGUAGUGAGGUUGAUUACAAGCCCACCGACACAGACAGCUGUGAACACACCCCUGGUGCAGCUGUCUGCAAUGGACGAGGCGAUUGUGUGUGUGGUCAGUGUAACUGUCACUCAAAAGACUUCGGAAAGAUUUGGGGCAAAUACUGCGAGUGUGACGACUUCAGCUGCAUCCACUCCAAAGGACAACUUUGCUCUGGUCAUGGCGAUUGUGUAUGCGGGUUCUGUCAAUGUCAUCCUGGCUGGUCAGGCGAAAGCUGUAAUUGCUCCACAAGGACGGACACCUGCAUGGCCAGCAUUGAGCUGCUGUGUAGCGGCCGUGGUGAGUGUUUGUGCGGUGUGUGUGCAUGCACCCUGCCUGGAGCGUACGGUGCCACCUGUGAGAAAUGUCCCACCUGCCCUGACUCCUGCACCUUAAAAAAGGACUGCGUGGAGUGUAAGCACUAUAAGAGAGGACCACUGUUUGAGAAGAACAACUGCAACACUGCAAUCUGUAGAGACGAAAUUAUAUUGGUGGAUGAGCUAGCCUUCCGUGAGAAAAGCUCAGUGAACUGCAGUUACAAAGACGAGGACGAUUGCAUUCAUCACUUCCAGUACUACGAAGACAUCAGCGGGAAAUCCUUCCUCUACCUCGUUAAAGAACCCGAGUGCCCCAAAGGUCCUGAUAUUCUGGUAGUUGUGGCUUCCGUCAUUGGCUCCAUUUUCUUGCUGGGCCUGGCUGCUUUGCUGGUGUGGAAGCUGUUGGUCACGAUUCAUGACCGCCGGGAAUUUGCCAAGUUUGAGGAGGAAAGAGCUAAGGCCAAGUGGGAAGCGGCCAAUAACCCAUUGUAUAAAGGAGCUACUACUACUUUUACAAAUGUGACCUAUCGUGGCAACUCCUAAAGACCUAACACCUUCAUCAGCAACAGUUACUUGUCUCAGUGAUGGUCAAGUAACAUUUCUGUGAAUAAAUUCACACAUUCUACAAAUCGAUGAUGUCAGCAUUGUGGCCUUGAUGAGGAACUGGACACUAUCACUGUGUGCCGCCAAGCAGAACUGUGCUAUGGAUACGAUUCUCCGGCUGAAUUUGUUGAAUGCACAAAAAAAAGCAUUAUAAAGCAUAAAAAAAUUAUAAUAAUUAUAAUAAUUAUAAUAAUUUUAAUAAUUAUAAUAAUAAUAAUUAUAAUAAUAAUAAUAAUAAUAAUAGUAUAGUAUUUUAAAUGAAAAAACAAAGAAAUUAAGGUGAGAUAUUAAAAUAAACUGGGAAAGUCUGUUUUGUGGGAAAUUAUUUUCAUUGCUUUUUGUUGUUUCUGUUUUUUGUUUUGUUUUGUGAUGUUUUUUUAAUAAAAUAAUUUGUUUUCAAAUGUAAGCAUUGUUGAAGAUUAACUGUAUGAUUUUUUUAUGUGGAACAAAGAUAAGGUUUUUGUGCAUUUGGCCUUUGUACAUGACCACAUUGAAUUUAAACAGAAACUCAAGUAGUGAGCAAAGUCAAGACGUUCAGCUUUAAUUUAAGACACCAUUUUGGGGGCUCAUAAAUAAUGGAAAAAAUGUCUGGCAAGCAGUCGUAUGGCCAGAUGUGGCCAGU